AUGGCUGGCGUUGUCCGAGAUCAACGAGGUCGCUUUGCUAAAAAUGACGAAAAUGAAGAGUUUACUGCUGCGAAACGUCCAAAAGAUAUUGUUACUGAUCAUAAUUAUGGAAUUGGUGUUAUGUGUGACGGUGAUGGCUGUGUAAAAACAGAAUGCGGUGCAUUUUUACACCUAGACAUUGGUAAACACGUGAAUCGUGAUGGAUGGAGACACGGACGAAGAAUUGUCGAAUUUGACACUCUGCUUUCAAGCUUGAAAACAUGUAAGAAAUGUAAGCUAGGACCUGUGCCUUUGACAAUUUACAGAGUGGUCGGUGAAAUGAAAAAAGGGCUGAGUGGAUACCUGUAUGUACAAUGCCAGAAUAUAGAGUGUGGAUAUAUAAACUGUGUUCCCUAUGGAAAGACACAUCACAUGAAACAGAAAGGAAUGCCCUGUUUUGCUGUAAAUACAAAGCUUGGAACUGCUAUGAUUGACAGCAUUGGUGGUCCCGUGCGGGUGAACAAUUUCUUGUCAACAUUAAACAUCCAACCAAUUGUUAACUCUAAUUUGAAAAAAAUGGAGAGAAGGGCUGGUGAUGUUGUAGAAAAAGUUGCCCAACAGUCUGCUGCAGCUGCAGCAAAGGAUGCUUUCAGGAAAGAGAUGGAGGAUGUGGUGCAAGUAGAAACCGACGAGGCAGCAAAGUCUAUGGAAGGUGUAAUUGAUGACCUGGGCGUUGCUGCAUUUCCAGAUUCAUCUCCAAGUUUGAGGUAACUAAAUAAGUAUCAGUAGAUAAUAUUGAACUCUUCAGUGUAUUGUAUUUACUGGCAAGACAUUCAAUAAAUGUUUUAUUGCAUGUAAUCUGAAUUGAAUUUUAGUAUUUUUUUUCUUCAAGUUAAUUUAAUUCUGCGGAUGUCUCUAAAUUGCUUUUUGUACUUUUAGCAUUUGUAAAUGUUGAGUUCUGCUAAACCCGGGUCUAGAGGGCGUGGGCGGUAGCAUGCAUUUCCACUACCGUCCAUGAACAGGCGCAAUCAAACCGAGCCUGCAACAUUUUCGUUUUUUGUCGUGUUGA